ACGGCGGUUUCCUGUUCGGAACAGUUACAGUAGCAGCCACAACAGCAAUGCUAAAUUCAACGAUGCUGCUUGUUAUUGUUGACUAUUGUGGGGCGCUGCACCGACUUUUGGUGGUGAGCUCCAACUUCGUUUCGAUUCAUUCGCAUUUGUGCUUCACAGUGAAGCGAUUACACGACGCGCAAGCUUCUAAACAAGCCACAGAACACUCAAUCAAACAUACGAGUAUACGACAUAGUCGAACCCUUUCGUUUUUCUUACAAUUCUUUUUUUGCUGCCAUCGAGGAGAACAAAAUAAAAAAAAAAAAAACAAUAGAAAGAAACAACAAUUCGAGACGUGUAAAGUGUUUGGUGUUAUUUUUGAUUUGCAAAUUUGUUCAAAGUAUUCAAAUUCAAAUGAACUGCUGCAUUUACAAUUUAACGAAGUAGAGUGCACACAAGGUUUUAAUGAAUUUUUUAUUGCAGUGUAUCAAGCUGGCGAUAAAAUAAAGAAACAUUAGUAAAUUGUGAAAGAAAAUUCUUUAGAUGAAAACAAAAUAUCUAUGUAUGUAUUCAUCGAUAAGUGCUAUUGAAUAAUAUAGAUAGAUUAAUUAAGGAAAUUACAAAUCAUUAGAAUUCUGGUUAUUUGAGAAUAAAAAAAAUAUUAUAAUUGCCGUAUGCAGAGUAGUACUAAAUGUCAUUCUAAAUUAAAAAACCAUAAAGUGGUGCUAAUUAUAAAUAGGACCAAAUAUUUUUAGACCAAAGCAAAGUCGUUAAUGGCCACACAAAUCCCAUUUAAAGCUUGAAAUUUAAAUGAGCGCAUAUUAGGAAUUUUGCAAAGAACCAGUUGACCAAAAAUAAAUUUAGCAAAGUUCAAAGUAUUUGAUGAACAAAUGGUAUCUGCUCAGUGUGUGGGUCUGCUUUUUCAUUCUUUAAAUUUGCGCUUUUUUCGCUGGAGAAAAAACAACUAAAAUUGGCUGCGUCAUCUGGCAAUGCUCCGAUAAAAAAGUGAGAAAUAUUUAAAAUACAAGUAAUAAAAAUUAAAAUAAGUACAUAUAAAUCGUCAGUAAACAAGCGCCAAACUUCCACUGCUGAAAUUUAAACCGGCUACGAUUUUAUGUGAGAUCCAGUAUAAAAUAUAAAGUGAUACGAGAAUACUACUUGAAGCUUCGCUUGUGAGAAAUUCAUGCUUCUUCACACUUCACUACACUGCUUGUCUAAUGCAACAUUUUGAACGCGCAACACGUUCCACCGAAAAGGUAAAUUGAGCGAUAAAAAAUUAAAACGAAAAAGUUAAAUGCGGCGUUAGAAAAGUAGCAUUCCAAUUAAUAAGUAAAAUCAACAACAACAACCAAUAAUUGCCCACACACAAGCUGCAGACAAACAAGAAAACAUCGAAGCGGCAAUGGAAGACACCGCCUGUCUGAAGCCAUCGAGAGAUGUCGAAUUUCAAGAUGUUUACUACACCGUUAAGGAGCGCAAACAUUUCAUUAAAGUCACUGGCACCCGUCAAAUUUUACGCGGCGUGAGCGGCAGUUUUCGCAAUGGGCAAUUGUCGGCAAUUAUGGGUCCUUCCGGUGCGGGGAAGAGUAGUUUACUGAAUGCUUUAUCGGGUUUUCGUACCUCAGAUGUCAGUGGACACAUAAGAAUCGAGCGCAAAGGUUCUUGCUAUAUCACCCAAGACGAUAAUCAUCAAACACUACUCACUGUCGAGGAACUAAUGGCGCUUAGCUGUAAUCUCAAAUUACCUCAUUCUACCCGUAAAACUGAGCUAAUUACUGAGAUACUUGAGAAUCUCCAUUUAAACCAUCGACGUAACAUCUACGCGGAAAAGUUGAGUGGCGGCGAGCGUAAACGUCUCUCAAUUGCACUCGAAUUGGUAGCGAAUCCUAAAAUAUUUUUUCUUGACGAACCCACCAGUGGUCUGGAUGAUGUGACAGCGGCGCAAUGCAUUCGUUUACUUAGUCAAUUGGCCAAACAGGGACGCACUAUUGUUUGUACAAUACAUCAGCCGUCAGCGACGAUUUUCAAUUAUUUCGAUAGUGUUUUUGUGUUAGCGAGCGGAAAAUGCGUCUACCAGGGUCCACCAGUUGCGGUCAUACCAUUUUUACGGCAUAUAAACGUGGAGUGUCCCAAGUAUUAUAGUCCAUCAGAUUACAUCAUUGAGCUUUGUGAUGCGGAUGAAGGGAAAAUCAUACCUUUGCUGAGCGAGCUAACAGACAAUGGCAAAUGGAUAUAUGCACCACAACAGCAACACCAACAACAACAGCCACUGCAAAUGCAGCAACAGCUAAAUGAAACAAAUGGCACGUCUGUGGUGUCGUUUCCGCGGCAGCGUUCCAAAGAUUUUCAUCAAGCGGUGAAAACUUUCUUCGUAGAGGAGCCAAAGCGUAGUCGUUUGCAAUAUUUGCUCUGGGCCGGCACGAAUUUCUCCACCGACGGUACGCUUAUUGGCGGUGUGACAGCAUUUUAUGAGCACUUGAAAAACUUUACUAAGCUGCUCGAUCCCGAACGUGAGAAUACUUCGGGUUUCCAUCAGUUCUGUGUGCUUUUGAAAAUGAUGUUGGUGCGCACAAUGCGCUCCCGAGUUAUUUUGCUCAUACAGUUUUUGCAUCAUGUGUUGACGGCGUUGUUUUUCGGCUUGAUUUUCUUAAAUCUGGGAAAUCAGGGCUCGCGAAUGUUUGACCACUUGAAAUUCUGCAUUGGUGUUGUUAUAAUCAUCGCAUAUACGCAAGUCAUGGUGCCCAUAUUGAGCUAUCCCAUGGAAAUAAAAAUCGUACGGAAAGAGACAUUCAACCGCUGGUAUAAGCUAACACCCUAUUAUAUGGCUUUGAGUAUUUCACGUUUGCCCUUACAGAUCUUUUUGAAUAUGAUAAUGCUCACGAUCAUUUAUUGGAUGACUGGACUGCCGGCACAAUGGUGGCGUUUCGGCUUGUUUUCCUGUGUUGGUUUAAUGACAUCGCUGAUUGGAGAAGGCAUGGGAUUGGCUAUUGGAAUGACAUUCAGUAUAACGAAUGGCAGCGCUGUUGGUCCACUGACACUGGCUCCUCUCCUGGGCUUAGCUGUGUAUGGUUUCGACUUUGCCCCACAAAUACCAUACGCAAUGAAUCUUCUCAUGAAAUUCAGUUAUAUACGAGUCGCAGUACUGGCGUUAAUACUUUCAGUUUUCGGUUUUGAUCGUCCAAACUUGGAGUGCAGUGAUAUCUACUGUCAUUUCGCUGAUCCACGAGUGCUGCUUAAGUUCCUGGAUAUUGAACACUUAUCAAUGUGCUACCUUUUCUCGCUACUUACAAUACUAAUGCUCUUCUACCGAGUCCUAAUGUAUUUGAGUUUGUGCAGACGUUGUGGCACCUGAGUGUUAAUGUUAGUUACUAAAUGUAAAUGUGAUUUCUAGUAUUAAGUGGUGAAGUUAGGUUUAAUAAAAAAGAAAAAAUGGUUUGAUGGUUAAUA